AUGUAUGGAGUGGAGCUUUGGACUCGCGAAGAACUUUUGCGAAAGUGCAAAGAGCGCAUUGACUCCCUUAGUCUGGAGCGCACUAGUCUGCAAGAAACUGUUACUAAAUUCGAAGCUGAACUGAAUAACGUGCGCACUACUGCUUUAGCUGCUCAGGACUCGGCUGUCUCUGUAGCGGCUGAACGGGUGAUUCAAUUUUCCACCCCUUUUUGA